AUGUUGGCCAACUCCUCAGCCAACAUCUCGUCUACUAAUAGCCCUGUUCUACAGUGUCCUGACUACCGGUUCACCCAUCAGCUGCACAUGGUGGUCUACAGCCUGGUGCUGAUUGCUGGACUUCCCCUCAACACACUGGCACUCUGGGUCUUCCUGCGCGCACUGCGUGUGCACUCGGUGGUGAGUGUAUACAUGUGCAACCUGGCGGCCAGCGACCUUCUCUUCACCCUGUCGCUGCCCGUACGCGUCUCCUACUACGCACUGCACUACUGGCCCUUCCCAGACCUCUUGUGCCAGACGGCAGGUGCCAUCUUCCAGAUGAACAUGUACGGCAGCUGCAUCUUCCUCAUGCUCAUCAACAUGGACCGCUACGCCGCCAUCGUGCACCCGCUGCGGCUGCGCCACCUGCGGCAUCCCCGAGUGGCGCGGCUGCUCUGCCUCGGCGUGUGGGCGCUCAUCUUGGUGUUCGCUGUGCCCAUCACUUUCGUGCACAGGCCGUCGCUCUGCAGCUACAAUGGCCGCAAGGUGCGCCUGUGCUUUGAGAGCUUCAGCGACGAGCUGUGGAAGGGCAGACUGCUGCCACUCGUGCUGCUGGCCGAGACGCUGGGCUUCCUGCUACCCCUGGUGGCCGUGGUCUACUCGUCGAGCCGGGUCUUCUGGACGCUCGCGCGGCCAGACGCCACGCGGAGCCAGCGGCAGCGGAAGACCGUGCGCCUCCUGCUGGCCAGCCUCGUCAUCUUCCUGCUAUGCUUCGUGCCCUACAACGCCACGCUAGCGGUCUACGGACUGCUGCGGGGCAAACUGGUGGUGGCGAGCCACGAGGCCCGCGAUCGAGUGCGCGGGGUUCUUAUGGUGAUGGUGCUGCUGGCCGGCGCCAACUGCGUGCUGGAUCCGCUGGUGUACUACUUUAGCGCUGAGGGUUUCCGCAAUACCCUGAGCUGCCUGGGCACUGCGCUCCAAACCAGGAGCUUGGUGACCAAUAGGGCGCGGGGGGCGCACGUGCUCACCCAACAGCCUGUUGAGACUAUCCAUGCCACUAAGUUGGAUGCUGCCAGUCAAGGGCUGCUCCAGUCCUCCAGCUCGGGAACGCCCUCCACUCAGUGCCUUCAAGAUUCGGCCCUCUGA